UUUGUAUAAAUACCUACCAGAAGUGCUAAGGGAGAGACGAAAAAUAACUGGAGAGAGAAAGUAGAAGAACAAGUAGAGAGAUAGAGGAGGGGGAGGAGAAAGGUAGAAUAGAGAAAGCGCACUUAGACCGACCUCUCGUUCUCUUCGCUUUCUCCAAAAAUUCUCCGAUCGGUGCAUAGAUAUAUUAAAGCAAAGGAAGGAAAUAAAUCAUGUCUUCGCUUAGCAGAGAGCUUGUAUUUCUCAUACUUCAGUUUCUUGAUGAAGAGAAGUUUAAAGAGACUGUUCACAAAUUGGAGCAAGAGUCAGGGUUUUUCUUCAACAUGAGGUAUUUUGAAGAUACGGUGACAAAUGGGGAGUGGGAUGAGGUAGAGAAGUACCUGUCAGGGUUCACAAAGGUUGAUGAUAACAGAUACUCCAUGAAGAUUUUCUUUGAGAUUCGAAAACAGAAGUACCUUGAAGCUCUAGACAAGCGUGAUCGGGCAAAAGGGGUGGAUAUUUUAGUGAAGGACCUGAAAGUGUUUGCUGCAUUCAAUGAGGAACUUUUUAAAGAAAUUACACAACUACUGACAUUGGAAAACUUUAGAGAUAAUGAACAGCUAUCUAAAUAUGGAGAUACUAAGUCUGCUAGAGGUAUAAUGCUUGCUGAACUAAAAAAAUUGAUAGAGGCUAACCCUCUUUUCCGUGAUAAGCUUCAGUUUCCUACAUUGAAGAAUUCAAGAUUGCGGACGCUUAUUAAUCAGAGUUUAAAUUGGCAACAUCAGCUUUGUAAGAAUCCAAGGCCUAACCCUGAUAUAAAGACCCUAUUUGUGGAUCACAGUUGUGGACAACCGAAUGGCGCACGUGCCCCAUCCCCUGUCACUAAUCCUUUAAUGGGUGCUGUGCCUAAGGCAGUGGCUUUUCCACCGCUGAGCGUUCAUGGUCCAUUUCAACCCGGCCCUGCCGCUCUUCCAACAUCUCUUACUGGAUGGAUGGCAAAUCCAGCUCCUGUCCCUCACCCAUCUGCUUCUGCUGGUCCAAUUGGUUUAUCUGCUCCUAACAAUGCAGCAAUCCUAAAACGUCCUAGGACUCCUACAAAUAAUCCAGCAAUGGAUUAUCAAACAGCAGAUUCUGAACAUAUAUUGAAGAGAACAAGACCGUUUGGAAUAUCAGAUGAGGUCAAUAAUCUACAAGUUAAUAUUCUGCCUGUUACAUACGCUAGUCAGACCCAUGGACAAAGUUCUUAUUCUUCUGAUGACUUGCCCAAAACUCCUGUUAUGGCAUUAAAUCAAGGCUCUGCAGUCAAGAGCAUGGAUUUCCAUCCAGCGCAACAAAUUCUACUUCUUGUUGGAACAAACAUGGGUGAUGUCAUGGUAUGGGAGUUGGGUAGCAGGGAGAGGAUUGCUAUCAGGAAUUUUACAGUUUGGGAACUUGGCGCACGCUCAAUGGGUUUGCAGGCAUCUCUCACCAAUGACUGUACGGCAUCAGUUAACCGUGUCGUGUGGAGUCCUGAUGGAUCUCUUUUUGGUGUUGCAUACUCGAAGCACAUAGUGCACCUAUAUUCCUACCAUGGCAGUGAUGAUGUAAAAAACUACCGUGAGAUUGAAGCUCAUGUUGGGAGUGUUAACGAUCUUGCCUUUUCUUAUCCGAAUGACCGACUAAGUGUUGUCACUUGUGGCGAGGACAGGGUUAUUAAGGUUUGGGAACCAGUUACAGGAAAUCUAAAAUUUACUUUUGAGGGUCAUGAAGCGGCUGUAUACUCUGUAUGUCCACAUCACAAGGAAAAUAUUCAGUUUAUCUUUUCAACAGCUACUGAUGGAAAGAUAAAGGCAUGGUUGUAUGAUAACCUGGGUUCUAGAGUUGACUAUGAUGCACCAGGCCGCUCACCCACCACAAUGGCAUACAGUGCUGAUGGAACAAGGUUAUUUUCAUGUGGGACAAACAAAGAAGGAGAAUCACACUUGGUGGAGUGGAAUGAAAGUGAAGGAACUGUUAAGCUUGCUUAUGUUGGUCUUGGGAAACGAUCUGUGGGGGUUGUGCAAUUUGAUACUACUAAGAAUCGCUUCUUGGCUGCUGGUGAUGAGUUCAUGGUAAAAUUCUGGGACAUGGACAAUGUCAACCUCUUGACAAGCAUUGAUGCAGAGGGUGGAUUGACGGCUGCUCCUUGUAUCAGAUUCAACAAGGAUGGAGCAUUGUUAGCUGUCUCAACAAAUGACAAUAGCGUUAAAAUUCUAGCAAACUCGGAUGGUAUUAGGCUUCUACGGACGGUAGAGAAUCGUACAUUUGAUGCUUCUAGAGUUGCUUCAGCAGCUGUUGUGAAGGCACCGGGAAUAGGCAAUUAUGCUUCCGUCAAUGCUACUGUUGGACCCAGCAUUGGGGAUAGAGCUGCUCCUGUGGCACCUUUUGUUGGAAUAACGAGUAACAGUGAUAAUCGAACUUUGGUUGAUGUGAAACCUAGAAUUGCAGAUGAACCAGUUGAAGCUGCUAGGACCUGGAAAUUGACAGAAAUAAGUGAGCCAUCACAGUGCCGCUCUCUGAGGCUCCCUGAUAAUUCGACUGCCAUGAGGGUUUCUAGAUUGAUUUAUACAAAUUCAGGACUUGCUAUAUUGGCAUUAGCAUCAAAUGCAGUGCACAAACUCUGGAAAUGGCAGAGAAAUGAUCGAAAUCUAAAUGGGAAGGCCACUGCUAGUGUAGUACCACAAUUAUGGCAACCCUCUAGUGGAAUAUUGAUGACUAAUGAUAUGAGUGAAACAAACCCUGAAGAUGCUGUUCCAUGUUUUGCACUUUCGAAGAAUGACUCUUAUGUUAUGUCAGCUUCAGGGGGAAAAAUCUCUCUUUUCAACAUGAUGACAUUUAAGACAAUGACUACAUUCAUGCCCCCACCACCAGCCGCCACAUUCCUGGCGUUUCAUCCUCAGGACAAUAAUAUCAUUGCCAUUGGAAUGGAGGACUCUUCUAUCCAAAUUUAUAAUGUCCGCAUUGAUGAGGUUAAAACAAAAUUAAAAGGCCAUCAGAAAAGAAUUACGGGCCUCGCUUUCUCUCACUCACUAAAUGUGCUCGUCUCUUCUGGAGCUGAUGCCCAGUUGUGUGUUUGGAGCACGGAUGGGUGGGAGAAGCAGACUAGUAAAUUCUUGGAAGUUCCACCUGGACGAGGUUCAGCUUCUCUUGCAGAUACGCGGGUUCAAUUUCACCUUGACCAGACGCAUCUGCUGGCAGUUCACGAAUCGCAAAUAGCUAUAUAUGAAGCACCAAAAUUCGAACGCCUUAAACAGUGGUUUCUUCCUCGAGAAGCAACUGGUCCAAUUACGCAUGCUACAUUUUCUUGUGAUAGCCAGUCCAUAUAUGUUAGCUUCGAAGAUGGUAGCGUUGGUGUUCUUACUGCUUCAACACUAAGUUUGAGAUGCAGAAUAAAUGCUACUGCUUAUUUACCCCCCAAUCCUAGCAUGAGGGUAUAUCCUCUUGUCAUUGCUGCACAUCCAUCUGAGCCCAAUCAGUUUGCAUUAGGACUAACGGAUGGGGGAGUCCAUGUGCUUGAACCAUUGGAGAUGGAAGGAAAAUGGGGCACCUCCCCUCCAGUUGAAAAUGGUGCUGGUCCUAGCACCACUUCUGUUGCAGCUGGUUCAGAACAAGCUCAAAGGUGACUAUUAUAUGUGCAUGACUUUCACCAAGGACCUUGAGCGUAUGUAUCCGUUCCUUCUGAUCCCGCUCCCUGGGCCCACCACAAUGUGAUUUUCGAGGGGAAGCUGCGGAAAUUAGGUGGUGGUAGUUUUAGUAUACUUCAGCUGUGUCUUCAGCUCAACCUGACAGAUGGUUAUAUCAUAACUAUAGCGUCACAAAGCAUGAUGAUAUCUUUGGUUCCCCACAUUUGAGAAUGAUCAGAGAAAGAAAGAAUGUUUAUGGUGUAAAUUCAGAAGUUGAAUGCGUCAAAAACUAAAAUGAAGGUUGUGAGGUUAAUGAGUUGGUUGGGGUAGGAGAAGUGGCUGUGUCAUAUGUUCAUUUUUUAUGUUAGUUUCAAGGAUAUAGUGAUCUAAUCAAUUAGGUGUAGUGAAUGUUUGUUACCCUUUUCUGUCGGUCUCUCAAUUAUCUUCCCAAUUUAUCAUAUACAAAUACAAUGUCAAUACCAUCUCUUUUUCCAAUUGGUGACUUUAAUAACUGGGCCUUUUCUUUUGCCUCAGACGCUUGACUGAGACAUUGUUGGGGUUGGAGCUUGGAGGUGUAUGGGGCUUAAGGAGAAUGGUGUCAAAUUGUUUAUAGUCUUUCUAUAACUCGAAUCAUGCAAAAAAGUGACUUGAUUUGAAUAACUUUCUAUGCUUACAUAGUUUGUCAA